UUAACCACCACGCGGAGCGGGUGCGGGACAGAAGGCCUAAAGUCCUCGCAACAAAAGGCCUACACCUACUAGGUGGGCUCGUUAAAUGGGCCAAGCAAAGUAGACCUUCCAUUUCAUCACUUGUUUUCUUCGUCUUUCCAGUUUCGUCUCGCGAAAGGAGAGAAGAAACGGCGGCAGAAGAAUAAGCGCGCAAACAAAAUCAUUUCGAAUCCCUAAUCCCCCAAACCGUUCCUCAGUCCUCACCUUCCUCUGCGAUCGCGAUGGCGAACAUGCCGAUCUCGGAGAUGCGUCUCCCUCCGCACCUCGCGCACCUCCUCGCCGCGCGCCGCCUCGACACCGCCAAGGACGUGCUGUCGCUACCGGAGGUGGAGCUCAUGGCCGUCCUCGACGCCGGCCUCCCAACCACCCGCGCCGCCGUGGCCCACGUCAGUGAGGCCGCCUGCCCGCCCUGCCAGACGGCGCUUGCGCUUCUGGAGGAAUGCGUCAGGUUGGGAGGAGGCGGGCGGCUGGCCACCACGCUCCGCGGGUUGGACGAGGCGUUGGGCGGAGGAAUCCCCAUGGGAAAGCUCACUGAGGUCGUUGGACCCUCGGGAAUCGGCAAAACGCAGUUCUGCCUGAAGCUUGCCUUGUUAGCAGCAUUACCAGAAUACUAUGGAGGUUUGGAUGGUCGAGUUGUGUAUAUUGACACGGAAUCCAAGUUCUCUUCACGGAGGAUGAUUGAGAUUGGUCAGAAAAGCUUUCCCCAAAUAUUUCGACAAGAAGGCUUGGCGCAAAAGAUGGCUGGGAGGAUCCUAGUGAUGCGACCAACAUCUUUAGCUGAUUUCACCAAGAGUUUGGAACAGAUGAAGGUGACUCUUCUUCAGCAUGAUGUGAAGUUACUCAUUGUUGAUAGCAUGGCUGCUCUUAUGUCAUUGGAAAAUGAGAAAGCUACAGCAGGUUUCAGACAACACCCUUUAAGAUGGGCCCUUUCUUUUAUCAAGUCUAUAGCAGAGUUUUCAAGAAUUCCGGUUGUCGUUACAAACCAAGUUCGCAGCCAAAGUAAUGAUGAUGGUUACCAUUUUUCCUUUGAAGUGGACAGGAAGGAUGGUAAUAAUUGUGCUGAAAGGUUUGAUUCCCAUCUUAUUGCUGCUCUAGGGAUUCAGUGGGCUCAUGCUGUAACUGUCCGCUUAGUCUUCGAGUCUCAUUCAGGCCACAGGUUCAUGAAGGUGGCAAAAUCACCUAUGUCUCCGGCAGUAGCAUUUCCAUUCGUUGUUGAGUCAUCAGGCAUUACAUUACUAAGUGAUGAAGGCAUUGAUGUGACAGGCCCUGAGAUAACCUCAAUUCGUUGUCAAGGGCAAAAUGUUCUGGCUCGAUAACCAUUUGAAUGCUACUAUAUUGAACAGGUUUGUAUCCUUCAUAAGUCCUGCACUCCUGUUUGAGCGAAAUGAGUGGGCGUUUUUCCCGAGGAAGGUUGAAAUAGCCGGUAUCCUGCAGGUUGCACCCUACCUGUACCUGAUGAGAUCAGCUGUCAUCAUUAGUCUUUAGAAUCAAUGCAAGGUACAACAAAUUUACUCAUGAGCUUUGAUUUACGUUAAUUGCAGAAAAUUUAACAGUCUCUGCUUUCAUAUGCCUGACUCUGCUGCCUGAUCCAUUACUAUUAGAUAAUGUAUAAAAUCAUAUAGAAUCCCUGAUUGGACGUUCAAUAUUAUACACGGAACCAUGAAAUUUUAGUGGAAAUAAUGGUCUGACCUGUGCGUUUGGUCUGGGGUAGUGGACUUUCUAAGAAUGGAUACCAAUCCUCCACGUCUUGCGAUAGCAUUUUUUAUACCUCGAUAACCUCGUAUGGUGUGCGCGCCACAUCAUGCCUGCUUUCCGUUUCCACCCACAGAAAAGAACAGGAGCCACAGCCCACAGUUGCCACCUCGUGGGAUCCUUUCCCUUCUAAAAAUCUUCAACAAUCACCAAAUCAUAUGUAUUCUUUGAAUCGUUCCUGGCUUUUGUUUAUUUCAAUCUAGGAGUUGCCCUUCUCGUCUAUUCGCCCUUCCUGGCUGGAAUGGGCACCCUAACUAAUCCUCCUGAAAAGAAGCUGCUCACCUGGGAAACUUUUGCGC